AUGCAGUCGUCCGACCCGCGUCACUUUUUCGAGAGCGAUGCCGAAGUUGCGAAGCGUGAGCGACGCGCCGCCAAAUCCAGCAACAAGUUGGGCAAUCCCAUCUCGCUAAAGUCCAAGAUCCUGGCCGCUAUUCCGGACCCCAGGGCGCCGUCGAGGAGCAUCUUGGUGGCCGAGGCCGCGGGAUGCGUCCGGCAAGUCAAUCUGGAUAGCGCAUACUCACCCUCCCAGAACCCCGAUGAGCCUUCCCGCCCCACUUACCGCGGCCCAACCACCCCCGUCUGCAGCGUCGCCGUAGGCGGGCCCAACAACGGCACGCUCUUCGCCGGCUGCUGGGACAAAACCAUCUGGUCCUGGGACCUAGCGACCCGGGUCCCGGGGCGCAAGUUUGUCGGACACAGCGACUUUGUCAAGGCGGUGGUGUGUGCGACGGUGGGCGGCAAGCACGUGCUGAUCAGCGGCGGGGCAGACAAGAAGAUCAUAGUGUGGGACGUGGUGACGGGGCAGCGGCUGCACACGCUUCAGGACAGCGCGGUCAACAUGCUAAGCGUGCAGGACCUGAUGGUCGAUGUGGAGGCGUCAACCAAGGAUGAGAUCAGUCUUGUAAGCGCCAGCAGUGACCCGCAUAUCAGGAGGUGGAAGAUUAGGUUGGAUGGGUGGGAGAGGGUGCCCGAUCAGAGUGAGAGCGGGCCGGGGAUUAUUCUGGAACAUGAGACGACUGUGUACCGGCUGCUGCUGGAUCAGACUGGUGAUGAUGUUGAUCUGUGGACGGCUAGUGGUGACGGCACGGCCAAGUGCCUUUCGCGGGCUAAGGGGUUCGCCGUUGAGGACACCAUUACCCACGGUGACCACGUCCGGGCUGUCGCCGUUACGGAUCAGUGGGUCAUCACGGCAGGCAGAGACGAAGACGUGAAGGUGUGGGAUCGGGCGUCGGGCAAGCUGCAGUGCUCGCUGGUCGGCCACUACGACGAGGUGAUCGACCUGGUCGUUCUGGACGGAGGGGCACGUGUCUGCAGCGUAAGUCUGGACGGUACUGUCCGGAUAUGGCAGCUCGACCAGGCCGGGCUGGAUAAGGCGGUCAAGGACCAGGAGAAGUGGGCAGCCGGAGAGCAGGAGAAGAAGGAGGAAGCGCCUGCUAGCUUGCUGAGCCCAGAGGAAGAGGCCGAGCUUGCAGCGCUCAUGGAGGAGGAUGACUAG